UUUAAAGAUGCAGUUACAAUCUUUGUUUUCUGCCUUGGCCAUUCAUCAAACUAAAUCGUGUUUUGCACUGAGUGAACAAACAGCGGUCAUUAUAACUACUACCUCUAGCGGUGAAGAUGACAAGACGAACCUUUUAUUCAAAGUAUCUAUAAUUACUUUAAACCCGACCGUAGAUGAUUCGAUGAAUUAUGCCAGCUAGAUGUUUACAAUUGUACUGUCAAUCAUACAGAUUGGCCGACCCGGCAGGGAGACUAAAGAUAAAGAUACAAAGCAUUGAGCAAUGUAGCGCUUGCAUUUGUUAAAUGAAGUUCGUAUUUACAGAUACACAAAAGCAGAUGGUUAUGUGAAGAUGGCAAAAUCUCGCUUCAGAUUUUUGGUUUUGCUUGCCAAUAUGCAAUUUCUACUUGGGGACUUCAUAACUAAACGCUUUUACUCUAUACAAGAAAACAAGAAGCAAGAAAUCCAAUCGGAUUAUCUUCUGGAGGAAACCUUCGUCACAGGUCUCUUUACUUGUGCACAUUUGUGUACACGAAAUACAGAAUGCCGCUCUAUCAAUUUUGAAAAAGAAAGUUUGGGAGAAAAGAAAGAUGGGAAGUUAUGUCAGUUACUCAAGGACGGGAUUCUUACGAAACUCAUCCAAGACAUAAACUUCGACUAUUUCAGCGUUGAGUCUCCAUGCAACGACAUUGAGUGCCAAAACAAUGGCACUUGCUUUGCGACGGACACGGAUUAUGGCUGCACCUGCCUACCAGAGUUCACAGGGAGUCGUUGUGAAACACCGGUUGAAUGCUUAACGUACCGGAACCUUUCAGAAGCAAACCGACAUACACAGGCUUCCCAAGUUGGAAAAUACUGUGACAGCAGCGCAAUAAUAACCAGAAACCAAUGGUAUCGCUUCGUUGGCGCUGCCGGUAUCCACAUGCUUGAUUACUGCCCAAAAACAAAAUGCAAUACCGACUUCCAGAUCUUCUUGACUGACAGCCAGCCGAAGCGUGGAGAUAUCAGAGUAACACGGAGAUAUAGUAUACAGGGUAACAAUAGAUGCGAUCUAUGGCCAGGAAGCGUUAAGGCGACGCACUGUAAUGAAUUCAUAGUGUACCAGUUGCAUCCAGUGAACUGUUAUAUCCGCUACUGUGGCGCAGGUUAAGCGGCACUACAGUCUUUCUAAGCGGAUAGCCUAUAGGAUAUUUGGUAGAUCAUAGAUCAUUUUCUAGUAACGCAGAGAGAUUUCAUUGGACUUCGUAGGAUAAUAAUGCAUUCCAGUAGCUCUUUAAAAAUAUAAACGAUAUAAGAUGGAUAUAAGGUAUCGUAACGUAGUAGGGUCUACUAUCAAUAGUUUUAGGAAGCGUUUAAUAAUCAUAAAAGUAGGUUAAAUAAACACCCUAGUUUACCGGUUAGUGAAAGAGUUAAGGAUGACCUUAUCUAUCAACAUUUUCAUUGCG